ACUGAUUCAGAUCUGUUCCUCUCCAUCCAUGCAGGUAAUUGAGUCCCGCACCUUGACCCUAGCGCGUUCCCUCACCCAGCAGCUCCAGACCACCUGCCUUGUCCUCGUCUCCAGCCUGCAGGGUCUCCCCAACCACAUCCAGCAGGAGGCGCUGUCUCUCGGCCACUCGGCCUCACAGGUGUACGCCAACUUCAGCAAAGCUAAAGCGCUGGGAGACCUGCCAGACACCGUGUUGACCAGCAGCAGAGUUCAGCUGAGCAAAAUGAAAGAGUCCCUGGACAACGUCAUGGAUUAUCUGAUCAACAACACGCCACUCAACUGGCUGGUGGGACCUUUCUAUCCACGGAUGGCUCCCGAGCCCACUCCCAUACCGGCCUCUGAAGACAGCAGCACCUACGCCACAUCCUCCAGCUCUUCUUCUACACAGGGACAGAGGGAGGAGCCCAUGGAGGUGGAGAUGGAAUCCCUGUAGUGAUCCAUUACAAUUUAAAGCUUAAUAUUCUGAAUUUUGUGGCAAUAUUUGACAGCUUUGUAUGCAAACUUUUUUUUUUUUUAAUAAAUCUCAAAUGUAUUAGGACAGAACAUGAAAUAUGUAGUUCACAGUACCAAGAAAGUAAAUUUUAUUAACUUUAGAAUCUUGAACUACAAAACUAUUGUGCAAUUUCAUUCAUCAUACAAAUCAUUUAUCUGGAAAAAAUAAACCUGUGCUUGUUU